GCACAGAGGAAACAAAUGUCCAACAGCAGCUCCAGCUCCCAGUUCCUCCUCCUGGCCUUUGCAGACACACGGGAGCUGCAGCUCUUGCACUUCUGGCUCUUCCUGGGCAUCUACCUGGCUGCCCUCCUGGGCAACGGCCUCAUCAUCACAGCUGUUGCCUUUCACCACUGCCUCCACACUCCCAUGUACUUCUUCCUCCUCAACCUCUCCCUCCUUGACCUGGCCUCCAUCUCCACCACUCUCCCCAAAUCCAUGGCCAAUUCCCUGUGGAACACCAGGGCCAUCUCCUACACAGGAUGUGCUGCCCAGUUAUUUUUCUUUCUCUUCUUGAUCACAGCAGAGUUUUAUCUGCUCACUGUCAUGGCCUAUGACCGCUACGUUGCCAUCUGCAAACCCCUGCACCACAGGACCCUCCUGGGCAGCAGAGCUUGUGCCCACAUGGCAGCAGCUGCCUGGGGCACUGGGUUCCUCAAUGCUGUGCUGCACACGGCCAAUACAUUUUCACUCCCACUCUGCAAGGGCAAUGCCGUGGACCAGUUCUUCUGUGAAAUCCCCCAGAUCCUCAAGCUUUCAUGCUCAGAUGCCUACCUGAGGGAGGUUGGGCUUAUUGUGGUCAGUGCCUGUUUAGGCUUCGGGUGUUUUGUUUUCAUUGUGGUGUCCUAUGUGCAGAUCUUCAGGGCUGUGCUGAGGAUCCCCUCUCAGCAGGGACGGCACAGAGCCUUUUCCACGUGCCUCCCUCACCUGGCUGUGGUCUCCCUGUUUGUUAGCACUGCAGUAUUUUCCCACCUGAAGCCCCCCUCUGUCUCCUCCCCAUCCCUGGAUCUGGUCGUGGCAGUGCUGUACUCGGUGGUUCCUCCAGCAUUGAACCCUCUCAUCUACAGCAUGAGGAACCAGGAGCUCAAAGAUGCCCUAUGUAAAUUAACCCAUUGGGUGCUGUUUCAUCAACAAUAA